AUGUCUCUUCGUGUCACAACCCAUAUGAUCAAGCUCUCAUUGCUGAUCAUUUAUUCUUGCUUGUUGUUAAACAAUUGUCAAGCUCACCAACAAACCAUCCCCAUACCUGUCGUAAUUCCUGCAACCUUUGGAGAAAGUUACACCAUUCAUUAUUCCAAUCAAUCGACCACCAUUUUCAAAUAUGCUUCUUUCAAAGACACAUCCAUGAAUGUUUAUUUCACCCUAGGCCACGAACAAGAUUCCACAACUUUCAAAAUUACUCAAUCCACCGUUUCUGAUGAAAGUACGUUCGGUUUUUACACCUUCUACUUGUUACAAGCUCCAAAUAAUUCUUCAAGUAACAAGUUGACCAUGGAAUUUUACAUGCCUCAAGGAAUCUUGAAUGUCGAUACCAUGAAGUUGCAAUCUUUUCUUUCAAAGGAUGUCAGAUCUGCGAACAUUUAUCAUUUGCCAACACUUUAUGAAUUUAGUGACUUUUCUUUGAAAAGCAUUGAAGAGUCUUCAGGACAAUUGUUCUCAUUAGGAAUUUUUUAUAAUGAACUCAUUGGUCCACGAACAGUAGAAUUUGAUACGGAGAUUGUUGUUUCAUAUCCUUCUGGUUUUGUUUUUGAAUUGGAAAAAGAUUCUACUGAUAGAAAUUUAACAUUGACAUUUCCAAAUCAAGUACCAACACUCACAUGGGAUUCUCCAAGAUUCCAACUCAGCAAAUAUAAGAAUUUUGAAGGAAAUACUCUUGUCGUAGAUGGUGGUUCAUAUAUUGUGUUAGAUGGUUUUUACUUGACCAAGAAUAGUAAUUUUUCAUCUUUGAAUACUGAUUCGAGUUCAUUGGUGUAUGAUUUAAUGGAUGGACAAAUGAAGGAUGUACAUGGAAAAGAUGUUCAGGUUAAUUUGAACUCGAUUACUUGUGUUGUAUCUGCUUCCUCUUCAUCGUUUAGAAAAGUAACCACAGCAACAGUGCAAAACAACCAAUUGACUUGUGACAGUUCGACAUUGCCCAACAAUGUCAUUAUUGCCAUUGUUGCUUAUUCAGGACCAAAUGUUGAGUGGUGGAUGAUUGCAGUUCCUGUUGUCGGUGGUGCAAUUCUACUUGUAGUGAUUGUUGCUUUGAUUGGAUGGAUUGCUUUUUGUUGUGUGAAAAGAAGAAAGAAAUAUUCUUACACCAAUUUGUAG